UUUUAAAUGUAUUCAAAGUAGUGUAUGAAUUAAUAUUUAUAGGUAUAUUUGUAUUAUUUUCUAAUAUUUCUAUUAAAUAAUGGCUCAAUUUAUAAUUUUAUCAAGUAUUUUACUCGUAUGUGUCUAUUUAACUGAGCAAGUACACUUUCUUCAACCUGAAUACAUAAAAAAUAUAAAUAAGAAAGCAACUACUUGGGAGGCGGGUCAGAAUUUUCAUCCUAAUACUACACUCGAGUAUUUGAAUCAUUUAUUAGGAUCUAAAGGAGUUAGAGGCGCAAAGAAUGGUCUGGUUAAGUCUCAUGAUCCUAAAUACAGCAGUUGCCAUCAUAUUCCAAAAAAUUUCGAUGCUCGUAUAAAGUGGAAACAAUGUGAAAGCAUUGGUACAAUUCGUGAUCAAGGAAAUUGUGGGUCUUGUUGGGCCUUAAGUACCAUCAGCGCCUUUUCAGACAGAUUAUGUAUAGCUAAUGACUAUAAAUUCAACAAAAUGCUGUCAGCUGAAGAAUUAACAUUUUGUUGUGAACCUAGUUCUGGUUGCAACGGAGGUUAUCCUAUCUCAGCUUGGAGUUUUUUUAAAAAUCAUGGAGUUGUUACUGGAGGUGCCUAUAACAGCAGUGAGGGAUGUCAACCUUAUCAAGUUGCGCCUUGUCUUCACGGUGAAUCACCAGAAAUCGAAGGUUCCUGUAAGAGCCAGCCAUUAGAAAAGAACCAUAUGUGUCGUAAAGAAUGUUAUGGUGAUGCAAAAAUUGAUUUCAAAAAAGAUCACAAAUAUACCAAAAACUUUUACUAUCUCAGUCCUGAUAAAAUUCAAAAAGAUGUUCUAACCUAUGGGCCAAUAGAAGCAUCUUUUGAUGUUUAUGAUGAUUUUGUAAGUUAUAAAAAGGGUGUUUACGUAAAGUCAGAAAAUGCCACUAUAUUAGGUGGUCAUUCAGUGAAAUUAAUUGGUUGGGGUGUGGAGAAUGAUGUUCGUUAUUGGCUGUUACUUAAUUCGUGGAACACUGCUUGGGGAGAUAAUGGAUCUUUCAAGAUUCGAAGAGGUACAAACGAAUGUGGAAUUGAAGAUUCUACAACUGCUGGUGUUCCUGUUGGUGGUUAAUAGUAUUAUAAUAAAACUUUGACAUUUCAUGAUAUUUACAAUUUAUUUUUUAUAUGUGAUGUAUAGUACAAUUUGUUGAGAAAUAAAAUAAAAUAAAAAAUU